UACAGUGACAGUAAGUGACAGUCAUUUGAAAGGUUAAUCUAUAUGGGACGAAUAACAAAAAAAAAAUGUUUUUUAAAUCAAAUUCCUAUAAUAACCUAUUAUAAUAAUAUUUUUUGUUUGAUUUGAUCUCUUAAUGCAGUGCUCAUUUUUAUAAUCACUCUACUAUGUUUUCGCUAAAUAAUCAGUUAGAGUUGAGAAAAGUCACAAUAUCUAGUUUAUUAACAUGCAUUUAUUUACCAAGUAUAGUCACCGUGAUAUCUUAUAAAGGAUUACUGUAUUCAGUGGGAAACGGCUCAUCUUUCUACAUUUUAGUACUCAUAUUUUUUGCUGAGUUACUUAAGUCGUUUUAUUUGAACGCCACAAAUGAUAUACAAGCAAAGAGAAGUAAAGCAAACAAGAAUCGAGUUGGUGACAUUCUGAAAUCGUUUGUUUUCUUGCUUGUGGCGUUAUUCUGUUUCUUUAUUGGUAUAAUGCUCUUCGGAGCGCCAAUACUCGACUGUCAUGAAGAGACAUUGAUGCUAUCGAGUUUGAUGAGCUUGUUGGCUGUGUUCCCCUUGAUCGCGCAUUCCGGUGUCGAAGCCUCGAUGCAACUGCUUUUCGGCAUAAAGAACUAUGGAAGAGACACUAUUACGGAGAUGCUUGUGAAUAAUUCCAUAAUGACGGUGUGCGGCGCGUGGUUAGGAGCUGUUGUGAUACCAUUGGACUGGAAUACACCGUGGCAGCAGUGGCCAGUCCCCUGCUACCUCGGAGCCAUCAGUGGAUACUUACUGUCAAAUGUUUUUACAGUAUUUAAAGUUAUACUGUUAUCUGCGGCACAGAAAUAUCCAACAAUUAAUUCUAUUAUAAAUUUUUUGAAUAAUCUUCACAGCGCUAAAUGAAUUUGUAAUUAAUUAAUGUUUGUUGUGAAAAUAACUUGUUAUAAAGUUAUUGUAUUAUUUAUAUCGAUGUUGUUUUUAAUAUUAUUUUAAGGAUAUGAAGAUAAUUAGGAAAUAUUUUAAUUUCUUAUGGUUUAAUGGACAGAGUACAAGAUGCAAAGGUUCUUUGCUAUAUGAGUUUUUUUGAGUUAUUAUAAGUCAUUAAACAAUGUAGGUUUAAACACUUGUUAGUGUGUAUUUCUUUAUGAUAUUCUAUAAUUUGUAUUCAAAGUCUUAACAGAUAUUAUUGAAAUUGUAAUUGAAAUCAUUUAUUUGCUGGAAUAAGGUACAUUUUUAUAGAUGUUACUUUACAAGAAAAAUAGUCCAAUCUUAUUCUGCCACACUGUAGGCGUGCAAAUAUAAAAACUUAUUAAACAAAAAAUUAAAAUAAUUUCAUUAUAAUAAUAAUUUCAUUUGAAUAAUAUUUUGUCACUUUUUGUAUCUAUUCAUGUCAAUUCAUUAUAUAUUAAAUAACUUAGUUCUCAUUAAAGGUUUUUAAGGAUUGUUUUCCCUCCAUAAAGUUUUAUCAUCUCGAAAGCGGGUUCAAGUAACAUUUUUGUAAUAAACAACUAAGUUACUCAUACAAAUCUGUCAUUUAUCUUAAUGAUAUAAUAAAAUUCCAACUAGAUGGUGUCUGUACAUGGGAGAUUUUUUUUAGUGGACGAUAAUGGAAUGGUAACCUCACCUGUGCUAACAGUAUACUGGCAAAGCAUCAUUGAGGGAUGAUAGGCAAGAAUAAAAAGGCAGGUUACUUAGCCUAUCGUGAUGAAUACACCUGGAAGUUUCCAGGGUGUUCCAUAUUGAAGAUUGACCUGUUAGAAUAGAUUGCUAGCAAUGGGACUGGUUGUCUACAUUAUUGACAAUCCCUUCCUCCCACAUGGCAGAUAUUUAAGAAAGAUUAAUAUGAGCGGUUUUAAUAAAAUCAAGAUAUGCCAAAACAAUGAUUUUGUUAGAAAUUUUGUAAAAAUUCUAUGUCUAAUUGGAUGCGAAUUUUAUAAUUUUGUUCCUGAAGGUGCAUUUUAAAAUCUAGUGUAUGUUUUAUCUUAAUACACCAUUUGGAAAUAGACUA